AUGUCUGCAGAGAAAAACAAGUGCCUAAGUCUAACCCAGGAGUUUAAAUUAAUGCGUUCUGAAUACGAACUUAGAGUAAAUCAACUGGAAAGAGAUGUUUUCGAGUGCUGUCGAAUUUUGAAUAAAGCCCAUAGAACCGAAGACCUGACUAAUAGUUGUUCUUCUGCAAAAGAGAACUCGGAAAAACAAAAGUUUAUAUCCUGGAAGUUCGAUAUGCGAGAUUUCUCGGUGAGGAACAUAGCAAUCCAGAUCAAGGAUAAUCACGUCUACCUUCGGGCCUAUAAGAAAAAUGUGGAUAUCAAACAAGAAAUAUAUAUGCCCCAAAAUGUGGAUAAGUCUAAAAUUACAGCCGUUCUGACAACCAGUGGUGUUUUAACAUUAUCUGUUCCAAUAAGAAUGCCGCUAUCAGACAUCCAGAAGCUUACUCUUUGA